AUGACCGACCAAUUGUCUUGCCAUGGAAUUUUAAACCUUCUUCAUUUCAGUCGAGUACCCCUUGGAACCAUUACUUUGGGAUCUAGUGAAAACAAGGUUCUGAGCUCCCAGGAGAACCCGGAGAAGAUGAAAGAUACCCCGUCUAAGGAGAGGAGAAAACAGAGCUGGAAGAAACCUAGGAUGAGGGAUUCAUGGAACAAGUUUCGUUCUUUUGUGUCUGAACCCAUACCCCACAAGGUUCGCGGGGAAUCUCCUUUCCCGAACUUCUGUUGGGCGGAUAAACAGCUGAUGUGGGAUCUGAUGGCAAAACGUGAAACUGGAACCUACACCCGUAUCCCGUCCAUUAGUAUGCUAGAGAACCAUUCUGCUCUUCAACCCAAGAUGAGGGCUAUUCUUUUAGAUUGGUUGAUUGAAGUAUGUGAAGUCUACCGUCUACACAGAGAAACCUUCUACCUAGCCGUAGAUUUCCUGGAUAGAUAUCUCGGACAGACGGAGAAUGUUCCCAAGAACCGUCUUCAGCUUAUCGGAGUAACAUGUCUUUUCAUCGGAGCCAAGUUAGAGGAAAUCUAUCCUCCCAAACUACAGGAGUUCGCCUAUGUCACCGAUGGCGCAUGUACCGAAGAAGAGAUCCUUGCUAUGGAACUAGAUAUAUUGAAGAAGUUGAACUGGUCUUUGUCUCCAAUGACCCCGAACGCCUGGGUGCGAACCUUCAUGCAGAUCCUCCACGGCCCGGCCAAGACUGACUGUAUUUCCUUCUCUAUCCCUGCAUACAAUGGUCUACCCUUCUCCAGGAUUAUGCAGCUCCUGGACUUGUGUAUGCUGGACUUCGGUUCCCUGGACUUCUCAUACUCUGUGCUCGCCACCUCGGCGCUCUAUCACAUGGAGGGGGAGCGCGUAGCACUCUCCGUGUCUGGAUACAGUUGGAACGAUAUCUGUAGAUGUGUGCGUUGGAUGAGCGCCUUUGCCUUUGCCAUUCGCGAGCGCUCUCCAAUUCAGAUCAAGAGUUUCCAUGGUGUUGCUCCCGAAGACGCCCACCAUCUACAGAACCACGUUGUAGAUCUUGCACUGCUCGAGCGCGCUACAACGCGCCUUGCUGCACUAGCUGAUAAUCGACUACGUGAAUCCCCUGAUCCCGCGGCCCAACCCUUUCUCACGGGACUAGAUCAGACUCCACAGGAAGAGGACGGAGAUAUCAUGUAUCCUCCGAUGGGAUCCUUUGUACCCUCAGCAGGAGGACCUUUAGCCCCGCACCCUGCUCUACUCUCUCCACCUAUGGACGGAGACGCCUGGUAGCAACUACUAGAACCCUACAGCAUUGAACAGCUCAUUCAAUGCUGUUCUAAGCUGUAGGGAGCAGCUUAUCGGAGCUUUUGAAGCUGCUUAACAGUGGUAAUAAGCUGCAGGAAGGCAUUGAGGAGCACCAUUAUUCCGCUGAAUGUAGCAAGACAAUAUUGAAGGGUUUCACGCUUCGUGUCAUGCUUUGUUUUAUAUGAAAAUUCCAACUGUGACGUUUUGAUCUCAUUUUAUAGAAUUCACCCUGAGAUUUAGCUUUAAUUCAAUACGGAGUUGCAAUAGCUCUUGCUAGCUUUUAAAUUAGCUUUUUCGGCGUUUAAAUAGCAAAUUUUACAAUAUUUUAGCUGUUCUUGUGAGCACAGUUUUACUCAUCAGACUUAUUUAGACUUAAUUUUUCAGGAGAUUUUAUUCUUCGGGCUGUGUUUUUAAAAAAUUGAAAAUUAUUAUUUGCGUGAAUAAUGUAUAUAAUGUAUUGUUGUACAAAUUGCGGACGGUUUUGGAUCGGAGUUUUGUUAUUCAACAAGGGACUCCUGGUCCUGAUAUUUUUGCAGUCUGAUAACUGAUCCAACCCGUCCCAGUCUCAAUCUGUCAUAUCAGCCUAAUUACGCUUAAAAAAUUGUUAUUAUUGUUUGUAGUUUAGGAUUUUUUCAAUUUUGACCUUUCAUUUGAAAACUUUUUUGUAAUUUUAUAUUAAAAACCUUUUUUGGGGACCAAAGGUCUCUCUCAUUCCUUCAGAGUUUUCAUUCUAAACAAUUCUGCAAUAUUUAUCCUUGUCAAAUAUAUGAGGCUCUAAUUUGUAUAUCUAGUAAAGGAGUUCUGCAAAGCAUUUUCUACAAAGGCAUUACUAAACUUUUAUUUUUGGCAUUUUCAACAGUUUCCGGUGACGUUUCUCGUCUCUAGUUGAUCUCUUGGUUUAAACCUAAUCCAGAGCUUGCUCUUUAACUCCUUUCUUAAUAUUUAGUAAUUUAUCAAAUCAUUGUUGUUCUUUAAAUUCAAUAAAGAUUUAAAAUAUUAAA